AUGGCAGACAAGAAGAGGCUGUUUCAGCCACAACUCAAGGGGAAGUGGCUGCACGGGACGGAGCCUCUGGAGCCCGUACCUGAGGGCCCACAUUAUAAGCGCUGGUACAAGACAAGAGACAAGUUACCUCCCAACUCUUUGGGAAAGCACAGGAACAGGCUUAUGAAGUACCCCAUGGACACCCCGCGGUGGGUAUCUGUGAGAGAGGGGCUGGACAAUUUCAGAAUGGGCUGCCCACCUGCUGAUAAUCUGAUCAUUCGUGGCCCUAGGGAGGGCUUUCUCUCCACGACUGCUCAUAGAGUUCCCCAGCCUCCCCCUAGAAAGACUCAGAACAAGCUGCCCAAAGGAGCAGAACUGCUUUCCAAGCUACCACCAGCCCAGCAAGCACAGAAGGCUUUUGUAGAGGAAACCAAAGCCAGUCUGACCCCUCAUCCCUUGGCUCGAUACCCGGAUUUGAAGGAAAUUAUACCUCCAGACCUCUUAUUAAUGGUGCUGGAAGAGCUUGAUCCUAACAGGAUGCUGGAAGACACCUGGGCUUAUUGUGAGGUCAUGAAGGACAGAAAGAAGUCCCGUGCAAAGCUUAGUGAAAAACGCCUUAAGGAAGUCCACCCCGGACCUCCCAAACCAAGACAACCUGGGACCUCCCAGCCAAGUCGACCGCGGACCCCCCGGCCAAAUCGACCACGGACCCCCCGGCCAAGUCGACCCGGGACCCCCCAGCCAAGUCGACCCGGGACCCCUCAGCCAAGUCGACCCGGGACCCCCCGGCCAAGUCAAACUGGGACGCCCCGGCCAAGUCGAGCUGGGACCCCCCGGCCAAGUCAAGCCGGGACCUCCCAGCCAAGUCGACCCGGGACCCCCCGGCCAAGUCAAACCGGGACGCCCCGGCCAAGUCGAGCCGGGACCCCCCGGCCAAGUCAACCGGGACCUCCUGGCCAAGUCAACCAAGACCUCCCGGCCAAGUCAUCCUUGGAUCUCCUGAUCAAAUCAUUGCAGCACCGCAUGGACAGGCCACUCAGGACCUCCUGGGCAAGUCAACUGGGGCCUCCCAUGCAAAUCAACCAGGACUUCCCGUCCAAGUCAACCAGGACCUCCUGGGCAAGUCAAUCAGGACCUCCUGGCCAAGUCAAUGGAGGACCUCCAGACCAAGUCAACCAGGGACCUCCUAGUCAAGUCAUCCUGGAACCACAUGGACAGGUCAACCAAGAUCUCCCCCCUGAGUCAACCGAGACCUCCCAAGCAAGUCAACCGGGACCUCCUGACCAAGUCAAUGGAGAACCUCCAGACCAAGUUAACCAGGGACUUCGCAAGGAGUCUUUGGUGUCAUGUGUAAAGAAGUUGUUUCCUGAGGAAAAGAAAAAAAAGAAGUCAAGCAGAAAGGGUAUUCUCAAACCUCCUGAUCCAUACAGAAAUGUACGGAGAGAAGUUCAUGAAUUCUGCAGAUGGCUUGAUACUUUUGGAGACAUGGGCAUUGAUGAAAGUUUCAUCAUGAAACAGUUUAAAGUUGAGUACACGUGCACACCUACCCACAAUGCAGGCAAAAUAAAGAAAGUAACCCAGAUCCCUGUGGAACUAUACUACAGCAAAGAGCUAGAUGAUGAUAAAAGGAGAGAAUUUGCCCUACAGGAAAGUGACUGGGAGAGGAAACUCAGAAAACCACCUGAUCCUUAUAAACCCAAGCAGGUGAAGAUAAGGUAUGGAGCAUGGUAUCUGAAACCCAAGACCUGGAAAAAGCUAAUAAAUGAUGAACCUUGGAUUGACCCUAGAGUCUUAAAAGAACAGGAAUAUCAGCAUCAUGGAAGGGAUCUUGAACCAGACAUUCUUGAUGAUCUUUAUGGACCCAUCGCCUUCAAAGAUUUCAUUUUAAGCAAGGGCUACAGGAUGCCAGGUAUCAUUGAGAAGUUGUUUUUGAGGAAGAAAUGGACUUAUGAUUCUGUUAAGACUCCUAUAGACCGAGUCAUGAAACUCAUCUCAAAAGUACCUGAUGAUACACCUGAUGAUACAUCUGAUGAUAUAUCUGAUGAGAAUUAG